GGCUCCGUGCACGCCGCUCGUAAUGAUGAUUAAUGUGCUGCGCUCAGGUGUAACUGUGUGAAGGGGAGAGCAGAUCAGACAAGAUGAUCGGAGAAGAAGAGUCUCUGUGAACAGAGCGAAGCGAUGGAGAGAUGCUCCAUCUCUCCUGUCGCACGACUCGCUGCCCUCAUCUGCCUCCUCCUGGCUGCCCUGCUCACACAGCCCUCCACCUGUAACAGUGAAGAGGACAAGGAGCAGGUGGACUCCCUGUCUGUGCAGCUGUCUGUCAACUCCCAGGUCACGCCCACCCCGCUGUGGGCGGUGGUGUGGGGUCCCACACAGACUCUAGAUGAGGAUACCACCUACCACUUGCUAUCCAGCCAGGAAACAGACCACCUGCACCCCAGCAGGAGCCAGCAGGAGGUCGACAGCGCUACCAACGGGGAUUGGGUCGAUCCGGAUUCCAGCGUGCAGCCCCAGGCACCCUUGGAGUCCAGGAACCGGGAGGGACAGAAGGAUGAAGGGACGGAAGCGGAGGAGACUGAACCGGAGGAAGUGGACCCUCAGUUCUACGUCACCGUGACCAUCUCUUCACUGCUCAUCCUGACAGCUGUCAUCAUCACAGCCAAACUCUGUUACGAUCGCAGCUGUUCCCAGCAUCCGCCCCCGCUUUCCCGUGGCGUGGCCCCCCCUCUGUCCCUCGCGCUCCCCCGCUCCCUUGCUUCGGAGGAGAGCAGGCAGACGCUGCACAGCACCACCUCCUCCUUCAACGACAGGGAGAGGAUCCCGGUUGUGAACCUGUGAGGUGUUUUCCUCCAUAUGACAAACAUUUCUACGAGGUUCCCGAGCCCCGACGCAAACAGGACCGGGGGCGAGCCCCGAGCUAAGUUUUAUUUUCCUCUCCAACUGUGAAACAAAUUCAGGGAACCAAGGUAUCCAGCCAUCACAAAAACACCCCGGCUUCCCUAAGGCCUGAGGAAAAAAAGGAAAAAAAAAAUCCAAGCUCCUCUGACUCGCUCCCUUUCUCUACUUCCUUCCUGCUCAGUGUGAACGUUUUCUUUUCAUGUGCAUCACUGUGACCCUGUUUUUUCCACUGUUUGUACGGCCUCCGAGCUUUGCCAAGCUACCCAGCGGCUCUGCGCCUCAGCCUGCCGUGACUAAUUCGCCAACAAGCAGUUUAACAGCCAUGCAGCAUCCUAUUACCCCCACAACCCCUCUGAGAUGGCCCUACCUGUGCUUCCUCAGUCGGCCAUUCAGCUGCUUGCUAUCAGCACCAAUCCAACAGACUCUUCUUGCCGUGAAAUGACAAGAAUUCAGUCCUUUCCCUUAGCAGGCUUGUGAAUGGUGUCAAAAAAAAAAAAAGCCAUGCUCAGCAUCUCUAAGAGUAUUUCAGAAAGCUGUUCGGCGAGUCUGUAGCCAACAGGCAAUGUGUUUAACAUGUCACGCUCCAAAAACUGAUGUUUAUUCUCCCGCUUUUGGGUGCCUGAAAUGCAAAUGGUGGUGGUGGUGGGGGGGGUCCUCUUUCUGCAGAUGUAGCUCAGUGUUUUCUCUUUUUUUUUUUUCCCCCCCUCAUGAUUUGUUUUUUUUAAUUAUCUGGCCGUUCACCUCUGUGUUAACCCUUCACAGGCACGCUGUGUUCCUGCUGGACUGUAUUAGAAGUGUGUCAUUAAACAGACUACUUCCAGAAUAUUCAGAAUGGACAGUAAAAUGUGCUGCUGGAGAUCUAUCCCCCCCCCAUGGUUGGAUGGUGCCUAACAAAGGAAAGAUUUACAUUUUCAUGCAAACGAGUGGGCGACAGGGAUCCUUACACUAAUCUUGGUUAAUGUUUUCUUUCUUCCCUGUUCCUGACAGCUUUGUGUCUCAAUUUGGAAGGCAAAAACCUCCGUCAUUAUUAGCCGCUUUGAGGAAUGUGGCACAAAACAGGCGGAUCACAUCCAAAUAUCCAAUCAAUCUGCAUGUAAUCAUGUGACAGUUGCUUAGAUCGUUUAUAAAUCGUCUAUUUUACUAUCAGUAAGUUUUCAAAGACACAUUUCUGUUCCCUUUUUCUUAAGCAGCUUUGAGACGUGAAUCCCAGUCUCCACUUCAGAUAUUGUACUGGUGGACUCAUGGUAGCACUUCACAUAUCCAGUCUUGUGGUUGUUUGUAGCAUUCCUGUAGAAAUUCGGUCUUUCUGUUCUGUGUAACUCGAAUAAAGACUCAAC